CGAUGUCAAGAAAACAGUUUGAAAAAUAAAAAUGGCGGAAGAAACAUCGUCCACGGACCGAGACAGUUGCGGUUCUGUCGCCGGUGUGGAAGCCAAAAACGACGUCAAGCUGUCACCCAAACGGUGUUCGUCGCCCAGUGCUCCAGAUGGCGCCCCUCCACAGAAAUCACCCCGGGUUGAAACACGGACCCCCCAUGGCGGAGAGCAUUUGGACACAGAUAGGCUGGAAAAGGCGUCUGGAAGCAAGAAGGAACCCGAAUCUUGUCCGCCUGCAAACGCCACUGCUCGGAGGAAAUCGUGGAGGAGAGCCACCUUGUCAAGGCGCUCCUUGUCCGCACUUGCCAACCCGUAUCAAAAUUUGUGCAAGAGCAUCAGCACAUCCUUAUCACAACAAGAGAGGUUGAGUAUGUUGAUGGAAUCUGCAAUGAAGCUGGCCACAGAUAGACUUCAGAAUUCGCUCCAGUCGGUGCCAAAUUCCUCACAGGAGUCUUUUCAGAAACAAGUUAAGAGCUUGAAGAAAAAGUGCAAAGCUGUGGCCAAAAGCAUAAGCAACGAACAACAGACUGAAAGGGUUGGUGAGUUUGGAGUGCGGACUGCUCUGAUGAUGGAAAAUACUAUCGACAGGAUUCAAGCUGAAAGCCAAUCAUGGGAAGCACUCGCACGCAAACACCGGAGUAAAGCAGAAGAAUUAGAAAGCAAACUGGCUCUGGGUCAAAAGAAAGCCAUCUCAUCAGACCACACAUGUAUGGUCCAGUCUUCACAGCACCAGUUGAUUCGGAGUAAACCUGACUACCAUGACCUCCUCCACAGACAACAGUCCACGCUGCGCACGAUGGCAACUCUUGUCAUGGAUGCUCAGUGUAAGCUCACACGAGAGCUUCAGUCAGUCAAGGAGCUGUCACAAGUGGUGGUGAAAGAGACCAGCAGCCGAUUGGCGGCCGAAGCAGGAUUUCACGAUCUGUCUCCCAUCGUCAUUGAGGACAUAAUCAGUGCACCUUUUAUGUCCGCAAGCACACAGUUACAUUAAAUAGACUGGUUUUAUGAGUUGUAUAUAAUGGAAGACAAAUAUCUGUUUUCGUACCGCAUGUUUUAUUUUACUGUACAAUACUAAAAUUUUACACUUGUUCAUAUUAA